CUCGGCCGGUGGGGAGCUCGCCAGCCCGCUCGAGACUCGCGGCCGUGCGUCCGUUUGCAGCAGCGCGAGCGGCAGCAGCGCGGGAGCGGGAGCGGGAGCGGGCGGCUAACGGUCGGCCGGCUGGCGGGCGCAGCCACCGAACAGGCGCUGAGAUAAACUCAUCAUUAAAAAUUAAUCAUUCAAACUCAACCCGGGGGGGAAAGGACAGUUGUGAAUAUAACCGGACAUAUAUCUUUAAAUAUUUGGCAUCCAAAUCACCUAAUUAAAAAUCCGUUGUCGCCGACUCAGCCCCGUCAGCACCACCACUGGAUAUCGGCAGAUCGGUCGGCGUGAGGAGGAACGGAGGGAAAUAAAGAAGGCGAGAAAUAAAUAGCGGGCAGGAGGAGAAGAACCAUGUUCACCAAACACAUCUCCCUUUUCUGCCUCUACAGCUUCUGCGGGGUUCUUUUUCAACUCCAAGUGGCUGCGACCAAGGCCAAAGCUAAAGGCAGUCAGGCACAGUCCCCGCUGACCCAGAACGUGACAGCGGUGGAAGGAGGAACUGCAAUGUUGACCUGCAAGGUCGACCAGAAUGACAACACCUCCCUCCAGUGGUCUAACCCAGCACAGCAGACCCUCUACUUCGACGACAAGAAAGCACUGCGGGACAACCGAAUCGAGCUCGUCCGAUCUUCCUGGCAUGAGCUGAGCAUCAACAUCAGUGACAUCACGCUGUCAGACGAAGGCCAGUACACGUGCUCCCUCUUCACCAUGCCCGUGAAGACUGCCAAAGCCUUUCUCAUGGUGCUGGGUGUUCCUCAGACUCCUGUAAUAAGCGGCUUCAAAGGCCCGGUGAACGAGGGCGACAUGGUGGAGCUGACAUGUACCACAACAGGCAGCAAGCCGGCCGCUCACAUCCGGUGGUUCAAGGGUGACACAGAGAUCCACGAUAUACCCUUUACAAAAGAGUCUGACUCCAAUGGCAAGACCUUCACAGUCCGCAGCACCCUGAGGCUUCAAGUGGAUCGAGACGACGAUGGUGUAACUGUGAGAUGCAGUGUGGACCACGAAUCACUCAGAUCUUCCCCACAGGUCGCCACACAAGUCCUGGACAUUCAGUAUGUACCUUCGGUGAAGAUCGAUUUCUCCAGGAACUUCGCACGAGAGGGAGAUGAGCUGAGACUAGAGUGUCGAGCAACUGGGAACCCAGAACCAGAAGCGGUGAAAUGGAAGAAAGACGGCGCUGACCUUCCCGACCCAGACAGGAUGGUGGUGGAGGGGAACGUCCUGAUCAUCAGCGCCCUGAACAAGACCGACAACGGGACCUACUACUGUGAGGCUGCCAACACCAUGGGCCACAACAGUGCUGAGUACAUCCUCUUCGUGUACGAAGAAGACCUUUCCCUGCUGGAGAUAUCCAGGAGAGGUCCCGGAAGAUUGAACGCUCCCCAGCAACCAUCGUCUUCACCUAGAGAUGCUCCCAUCAUCCCGUCUCCCACCAUCAGCAUCCCUUCCUCCCGUCCCACUAGAGCAGGGACAACCCCUGUCACCAUAGCAACCAGCACCACCAAACCUGCCACAGGCUCCAGGUCCCGAGCCUCGGUGAAGUCCUCGCCCCCAACCGGCCCGGCUCAAGAUCCCAGUGCCCUGGCGGGUCAGUCCGGGCCGGACCACGCGGUGAUCGGGGGCGUGGUGGCCGUCGUCGUCUUCAUCACCUUGUGUCUCAUCAUCGUCCUCGGCCGCUACCUGGCUCGACAUAAAGGAACAUACCUGACGAACGAGGCGAAGGGAGCUGAGGACGCACCGGAUGCUGACACAGCCAUCAUCAAUGCUGAGGGCAGCCAGGUCAACGCCGAGGAGAAGAAGGAGUACUUCAUCUGAUCGUCCCAACAUCUGCCCAACAACUGCUCCUACAUCUGCCCCAAUAUCUGUCCCAACUGCCCAACAUCUGCCCAACUACCCCAACAUCCUCCCAACCUACCCAACAUCUGCCCAACUGCCCCAAUAUCUGCCCAACAACUGCUCCUACAUCUGCCCCAAUAUCUGUCCUAACUACCCCAACGUCUGCCCAACAACUACCCCAAUAUCUGCCCCAAUAUCGGCCCAACAACUGCUCCUACAUCUACCCCAAUAUGUCCCAACAUCUGCCCCAACAUUUUCCCCGAACUGCCCCAAAAUCUGCCCCAACACCUGUCCCAACGAUUCUGUUAGACACUGGCUGCAAGUGGCUGAUUCAGCCAGUCCCCCGACCCCCACCCAAUCCCCAUCUCCCUCCCACUCCACGCCCCCCUCACCCCUCCACCCCUUCACCCCAUUACACACACCGCCCACCCCCAGCCACGUCUCCCACUCUCCCUCGACCUCUCCCCCCCCAAGUGCCCUCGCCCUCCCUUCUCCCCCGCACCCCUCUGUGUGUAUCAGUAAUAUCCGAGCUGGGUUUGGUGGGAUCACUCAGUAACACAGCCCCUCGCCACCCAUCUCCCUGUCGGAAGGUCUCACGGUAACCGUCGGCUCACAGCGCACGCUGUCCCCUGCUGGGGAUUGAUAUUGCAAGCAGUCCUGGAGCAGUUGUGACCCUGGUAGCUCAGCCAUUCAAAGACAAGCAGCCGUCACAGAGGUAGCUCAGGGUGAGAGGAGGGGGUCUGGGGUCUGGGGUCUGCUCCCUCACCCUCGCCUCUGCCCAGAGCUGGAGCUCACCCCCUGCUCCCCCUCCCCCCACUCCCAACUCCAGUGCUGCAGACAGUCAGUGGGGCCGGGCGCUAGUGCAGGGAAGGGGAAGCAUGUCGCCGCUGGUUCGCUGGCUCCCCGUGGGAAUGCUAUCGCUCUCCCCCCAUCCUUACACCCCUCCACUCCAUCCCUGACCUGCCCACCCCCCACACCCUCCGGUCCGAGGGUCUGUCCAAAUGUUUACUCUCAAACCUGAAGCACAAAUAACGGGAGUGAAAGGUUUCUGCCAGUGCAGCUGUGAGUGUGAUUGUGUGUGCGCAUGAGUAGGUGUGAGCGUGCACACUAGUGGGUGUGAGCGUGCACACAUUGGUGAGUGUGAGUGUACACUAGUGGGUGUGAGUGUGCACACAUUGGUGAGUGCGUGUGUGCACACUAGUGGGUGUGAGUGUGCACACAUUGGUGUGCGUGUGUACACUGGGUGUGAGUGUGCACACAUUGGUGAGUGUGAGUGUGCAUGCUAGUGGGUGAGUGUGCACACAUUGGUGAGUGUGUGUGUACACUAGUGGGUGUGAGUGUGCACACAUUGGUGAGUGUGAGUGUGCACACUAGUGGUUAUGAGUGUGCACGCUAGUGGGUGUGAGUGUGCACAUACUACUAAGAGUGAGUGUGCACACAAGUGAGUGGGUGUGCACACACAGGUUAGUGAGCGUGCACACUCUGGUGUGAGUGGGUGUGUCCCCCGCUGACCAUUCCCGCCCCCCCCCCGACACAUCCUUCCACCGGAACCAUCACCGGCUCUGUCGAUCGGGGACUGGGUCAGAGGUCAGCGACUGGGUCAGGGUAAGCGGUCAGUCAGGAGAAGGGACUGGGUGAGGGGUCUUGGGAAGGGCCAGAGGUCAGGGAAGGGGCACAGGUCAGGGGUCAGAGAGGGUCGGGCAGAGGGGCAGAGGUCAGGGGUUGGCGGGUAGGUGGGGCUCCUGGUAACCAGGGCAGGUUGAAGCGGCAACUGCAAUGGCUGGGAGCCUGGCCUGGGGGUUAGCAUGGGGUGUGGGCUGAAUGGUCCCUCAGGUGCUCUAUCAGCUCCCACUGCCCUCCCCUAGGUUUAUUUGGCCCCGCACCCACCCACCCCCCCGCCUGCCCACACCCCAGGGUACUCAUUGGUGCUCAGUGACCCCUCCCCUGGUAACCCCACCCCACUGACCCCUGGUCCCACUCCCACCCAGAGACAUCCUGAGCCAGACCCCCCCCACCCCCAGCAUCUGGCUCCGCCUCCCCCACCCACCCCUCCCAAGCCUGACCCGACCCACCCCGGAGCUCAGUGAGCGGGGGAUCUGCCGGGACCCCUCCCUCUCGCCUGCACCGCAGCCACUAACGGGUUAAAAUCCAGGGCAUGGGGAAGAUCCCCUCCCCCUCCCCCCCCCCCCCCCCCCCCCCCCCCUCCCGGGCGACCCGGGGGAAGUGCUGGGUCUGCCCUCGACUGCCACCCCUCGCCCCUGCUCAUCCAGGCUGCACUGGUGGCUGCAGGUUGCUGGGGCAUUUGCCAGCCACUGCAUGGGUGCAGAUCCAACCCCCAGCAGCUGCAACGCUGCAGCUCCCUCCACUGCAUCUGCAUGGCUGCAGCCCCAGUAGCUGCACAGCUACAACCCCCCCACCAGCAGCUACAAUGCUGCAGAUCCCUCCACAGCAUCUGCAUGGCUGCAUCCCCAGUAGCUGCACUGCUGCAACCCCCCCCCCCACACACACACACACACCAGCAGCUACAACUGCAGCUCCCUCCACAGUAGCUGCAUGGUGGCAGCCUCCAGCAACUGCAAUGCUGCACCUUGCUGCACGGUUUGCAGCCGCCUCCUGCAGCUGCGGUGCUGCAGCUCCCUCCACCUGUUGCUGCACAGCUGCAGCUCCACCCUCACCAGCAGCCGCACGGUUGCAGCUCCCGCCCCCAGCAGCUGCACAGCUGUAGGCGAAGCCCUCGCAUUGUCAUUGAAGAGCUGUGGGUCACUGUAGACUGUCUCAAACCAUUCAGGACAAUUACAACAAAUCUCCAUGCAAUAUUGUAUAAGAUGGAUGUAUACGUGUUACAAAUCUGGGACAGCCCACAUAUAUAUUGUAUUAAAACCAUGCUUUUUAUUAACAUGUAAUAAUGCUUUAUAAAUAGGGAACAAAGGGUGCAAGCAGAUUCUGCUGUUGUGUGGAACUGGAUGUCUUUGUAAAGUAAUGAACUCGAAUGUACUUGCUCAGAAAUACCCUUACAUCAGUCUGCAUGAAUAUUGAGGCAUCAGUUUCUUUGUGGGUUAGGGAGGUCAAAACUCUCCAUUCACUCUGGGAGCAAGUAACUCCCAAACCGUGUCCGACUUCACAUGAUUCUAAUUUGUACUAAUUCAGCAUUGCUCUCGUUUCUCUGGUUACUUAGUAAGGGUUUCACUGCAAAUCAGCGGUACAUAUCUGUAAAGUUUGACCAACAAGUGAGGGAAAGAGUACGUGGUGUUCCUGUGAUCAGUCAUGGGGCUGCUGCCGUUCGAGAGUUAGUCUGAGUGAGGUCUCGCUGUGAAAGAUCUGGGGGCUGCUCAGCCUCUGGGAGAGACUGGACCCUGUCACUCACAGUUCUGUGUGGAUUUAUUUUGUUAAUCAUCAAACUGUUAAUAAAAAGAAUUAAGAUGCUCUCAUGA